AUGGCUUUCAGAUACAUCGAGGUGUUCGCGGCUUCGUACGGCGAGAUGGUACAGUUCUGUGAUGAGUACCGCCUGCGUGUACCACGCGGUGUUGGGGGAGGCGGUGGAUAUGGUGUCAUGGCCCGCGGAGGAUUCGAAGACUCCUAUGGUGGCUUCGGGGCUUUUGGCGGUCGUCCAGGAGGUGGUGAUCGUUCGGCGGCAGUUGGACCAUGGGAGGAUGCUCGUGGAGGCUACGGAAGCUCAUCGAUGGCUGACCCAUACGCAGGAUAUAGCUCUUCGGCAUGGGCUGGAACAGAAUCUCGUCGUCCGCCAUCUCCUCGCAGCUCAUCUUUUGCGGACCCAUAUGGCAGAGGAAGCCACACUGAUCCUUAUGGGAGAUCCGUAUCAGCGGCGGAUCCGUAUGGGCGCCCCAGUCAGGCUGAUGAUCCAUACAUUCGCGGAACUAGAAGACCAGAGGAUUUGUUCGCUAGAAGAAUAGAUCCCUAUGAAGGUUUGGGUCGCGGAGCUUCAGAUUCUUGGCGUGAUGAUCGUGCCCCAGGUGGAGGGCCUGCUGCGUAUGGCGAUUCAUGGCAGGAAUACGGCUACGGAGGCAGCGGUGCUGGUGGACCGAUACGUGUGCGCGACCAUUGGCGGGACCACGAAGAUUCUCGAGGGGCAGCUGCC